AUGAGAUCUAUCUACGCCGCUUCUCGGUCCACCACGGUAUUUCUGGGAGAAGCAACAGCAGGCUCAGAUGCCUUACUUCAAGCUAUUGAAUCGUCAAGUCCAAGCAUCUUGACAGCUACAACAAAAGCAGCUGUGGUCAAUAGUCUCGUUUCAAAUUCUGGAAUGCGAAAACAUGAAUUGAUAGAACAAGCCUUCAAGAUUCUUUGGCGCCCGUACUGGGUCCGAAUCUGGAUAUUCCAAGAGAUAGUUGUCUCUCCCAAUCCUUGGAUCCAAUGUGGCAACAUGAAAGUCCCCUGGGACACAUUCUGUCAAGCCAUCAUCGCCCUCCUCGCACCUGAGCCUAAAGCCAUCUUUGGAAGCGGGUACGGAAAUGAAGCACGACAGAGACUAGAAGAUAUGUAUUGGGAAAGAAGAGCAUAUAGACUUAGUCAAGGGAUUUCUGAGCCAUUACCGAGGUGGGAUAUGAGUGGAGGGAGGGAGUUUGAGGGCAGAAUGGGACUUUUGGAUUUGCUGGUUGGUAAGAGAGGAUUAGAGGCUAGUGAUGGGAGGGAUAUGGUGUUUGCUAUUUCUGGGAUUGCAAGGAAGCCGAAGAAAUGGGAGGAUUUGAGUAUCACGUACGAAAAAUCUCCAGCGAGAGUAUACAUGGAUACAGUGAAAUAUCUUCUGGACCACAACAAAACAUACGAAGUCCUCAGCCACGCAGGACAAUCUCAAGACCCUUCACGACAGCAUUUGUCCAAAAUCCCAUCUUGGGCACCAGAUUGGCGAGUCCGAAGCGAAUACAAGCAUAAGAUUGUCGAUAGAAAACCCGGUACUAACUUACUACGGUGGAUCCCUCCCUCUCCAACCUCAUCAAGCUCAAAACCACAAUACGCCUACCUCCCCUCGCACUCCAUUCUAGCCUGCCUAGGAACCACCUACUCAGCAAUCCAAUCCAUCAGCCCCGACACCUCCUCCAUCAAGCCCUCACCAGGAAGUACGUCUCCCUCUCCCUCCCUAUUCCCUUCUAAAAUCACGAACCUCAUCUCUCGCUCUCACCCUUUAGUUUACAAACGGCGGUUAGCGAGGACCUCGACGGAAGUGUGGGCUUUGGUUCCGUUUGAUGCUGAGGUGGGUGAUUUAAUUGUUGUUUUUAGGGGUGGAGGUGUGUUUGUUUUGAGGAGGAAGGGGAAGGAGGAGUGGAAAAAAGGAGUUGGGUGGCGGGAAUGGAUGUUUGGAGCUAGGAGAGAGGAUGUUGUGGAAGAGAUUAGAAUGGCGAUUGGUGCUGCUGGGAGGGGAAAGGUCAUUGAGCAUUGUAGGUUUGUGGGAGAGUGUUUUGUUGAUGGAUUGAUGCAUAAGUUCUCUCAUGUGGAUGAGGCUCAAGGGACGAAUGAAGUCAUCUUUGCUAUGCAUUGA